UUCAUUUAAUUGUUUUCAGCUUGCUUCGCGAAAUUGGCCGAAAUUUUAAAAUUUUAUUUAAAAAGAAUUCUAAAUUUGUUUUAAGUUUCUUUUAAAAUUAAAAAAAAUUAAACAAUUUUAUUAAUUUCCACAACGAAGUGAUGUUUCGCGGCUGUAAAAUUGCAAUACAUGGGUCGCACUGACCGUGGCUGUGCAUGUUGACUGCUUGGCCUUAGGACUAGGAAAACCAAAAAUCCUAACAACCUACCUAAAAAUAAUUCAUUAAAAAUAGGUUCGAAAUGUUUUUGUUAGGUUGGCUCUCUUCGUUGUUUUCCCCCACUUUGGCGAGUUAUUUGUUAGAGGUUGUAGUUUAUGCUGUCAUAGAUCAAAGGAUUAAGGACAGACUUUAUGUCACCAGGAGACCCAAUGAAAAAGUAAAAAUAUGGAUGGAGGAAUGCAUGAUCCUGUUUAUCAUUGCAUUCCUGGUGUGGUUUCAUCACUUCCCAUACUUCCUGUGCACUAUGAUCCUAUGCACCAUUGGCACUCUCCUUGUUUGUCACGCUGCUCAGAUAGGAUGUUGGUUUUAUUGGAUUACCGACUGGUACAAAGAGUUUGGGGAACAUCAAGAAUCAGUGGAUAGAGUGAAUAAAAAUAAAAGAGUGCAAGCAGAGCAAAAUUUCAAAAACCUUCAGAACAAGCCGUCAGCCAUCAACAUACAUCAUCAAUCCAUAUAUAAGCCUCAAAUAAAACCAUCCACUACAAAAUUGUUGAAAAUUGAUGACAUGAGUGAUGAUGAAUGCGACGAAAACAUGCCCCCACCUAACAUUACACUAAUCAAACAGUCAGAUAGUGCCAGUAAAAUCUGCUUAAAAUUUGCCCCUGAUGUUGCUGAUAAAUUGAGCUAUCCUUUUGAACGGCAGCCAAAACCAACCCCAUCAAAAAUUCAGUCAAAUCACGUUGUCAACCAUCACCAAAAAGUAGAAAAUCAAUUUUCUUUCCUAUCUCCAUCAUCUUGGAGACAAAGGCUGAUUUCAUCUAUUCGUCCGAGGCCUCCAAUACAUAAUGAAAUGAGCAACGAGAACCAGGUGCAUUCUGCCAAUGUUUUCCUUAGACCUAUUGCCCAACAACAGCCACAGCAGCAGCAACAACAACUACUACAACAGAAACAACAACUUCAGUUGAACUUAAUGUUUCAACCUCGUGGUUUGAAGAAUAAUAUGGAGAACCUUUGUUUUUUCAACUGUGUCAUCCAGGCCCUAUCCAGAACUGAUAAGCUAGUGACAGAGUUAAUGAGAAUUUCAGGUCACAUGCGGACAGACAACCAGAUUCUAAGUGAAGUCAUCAACGUUUUUGCUGCCCUAACCAAUCCAGAUCCAAGUUUCAAUAAUCCUCUGUCUUCAUCUCAAAAAUCACCAAUCCCAGUCGACACUACUAAUCUUAGAUUAGCUCUUCUAUCUAAAAAUUAUCCAAUAAUCAGUAGUAGUAGUAGUAGUAGCAGCAGUAGUAGUAGCAGCAACAUCAGCAACCACAACGGCCGCAAGGUGGCAUCAAAUGUUUUUGCUGGUGGGGCUCAUCAAACCUACUCAAUGAAAUUAGUUAGGAAUGCAGAUGUAACAAGUAGUUUUACUGACAUCAGUGGCGGUAGUGGUUGUCGUUUGCUGCAGCUGCCGGGGAGUGGAGAGAAGCAAGAAGAGCAAGAUGUGGCUGAGAUGCUGAUGUGGAUGUUGAAUAGGUUGAGUCAGAUUGUGUCCAGGAUACCAGAGGCCCAAGACUUACACAGAAGAAGUGCCUUUUACAAGGAGCAUGUGUACUUACAAUCUAAGUACAAUGAUCCUGACCUAAGUACGAUUGCACUGUUGAAAGAGUACCAUCAAGCUCAGCUACGAUCAGCAACGACAACAACAGCAGCAGCACUAGAACACGAACUCACAUUAGCUGAUCUUGACUGGCUGCUCUACAAACAACAGGCUCCCAUCACUCUUGCUACAUGCUCUAACAUCGAAGAACGACACAGCAACUACAAUUCAACUACAACAGCCACAACAGCAGCCACAACAAUCAUAGAUGAUCUAUUUACAGGGCAGUUAUCAUUCUCAAAUCGUUGCAUUCGUUGUCGCCAGAUUUCCGCGACGACGGAUGUUUUUAAGGUUCUACCCGUUGCCGUUCCCGCAGAUGAUUCUAGAAUCGUCUCUAUCGAACAGUGCCUACAAAAUCUGACGGUUGCAGAUAGCGUCAGUACUGAUUCCAAUGGAAAUGUCUGCCAAUUUUGUGUCUCCAGCAUGACCCCAAAUAAAGAUUUAAAUAGAUCAAGAUCGCUAAUCAGUAGCAGCAGCAGAGAUAAUGUUUUAGCCUCGUCACCAGUGAGUAAUGAGGGAACCUUACCAGCUUUUGAUAACCACACAAUGCUCGAUCUGUUGUCUCCCAUUAAGAAAAACGAUGGCGGCGCCGUUGUUGACGGGUCAAAGUUCAAUCUGGGGUCAAAUGAAGUUCUUAACCUUGACUCUCGAUCACGCUCGCCAUUGGCCUCCUUAUCAUGCGUCAGACAAACGACAAUCACACGAAUACCUGAGUACCUCGUGAUACAACUCAUGAAAUUUCAAGUCCAAUCGAUCGAACCCACCACAAAUUCGCACAUCCCUGCUACUACGUCUAAAUUGGUGACCAAAGUUAGACUGACCAGUAGGCCAAUGGAUGUGGGUUCGUUAACGAUGCGAUGUCGUAGAGGUCAAGAUGGUAUCAAGAUCAUGCACCGAUUGUAUGCCGUCAUAUUGCACUCUUCUUCUCGCGAUGAUCGCAACACAUCGGAAGGUCACUACAGGGCGUUGAUAUGCAGUAACCAAUCAACGUGGCAUCUAGUUGACGACGAAACCGUGCAUUACAUUGAGAAUAUCGAAGAUUUACUACAGAACACCUACGUACAACAAAAUGCUUACCUACUUUUCUAUUGUAAAGUUGUCUGA